GUCAAAUCCCCCGGUGCUCCAGUUCAAAAAUAAAAAGAAAAAAGAAAAAAACCCAACUCCGGUGUAAAUCCUCCUCUCUAUCAUCCGCAGCAACCCCCGCCGCCUCCACCGCUCGCCGGCCGGCCCCCGCGCUGCGCCUCCAGUACUCACCGCAGGCUCCUCCUCCCCCAGGCUUCGCAGGGGGCGCCUCGCUCCUCGGUGGCGACCGUCGCCCUGGCCGAGCGCGGCGCAGCCGCCACGCCAGCGGGGAUCGAGCUCUACUAGAGGCGGGCGCCCACCUGGCGGGGGAGUAGGGCCCUCGCGUCGCGGGGGAGCGAUGAUCUACACGGCGAUAGACACGUUCUACUUGACGGACGAGCAGCUGCGGGACUCGCCGUCGAGGAAGGAUGGGAUCGACGAGGCCACCGAGACCGCUCUCCGCGUCUACGGCUGCGACCUCAUCCAGGAGAGCGGCAUCCUCCUCAAGCUACCACAAGCAGUGAUGGCCACAGCACAAGUGUUAUUUCAUCGUUUUUACUGCAAGAAAUCAUUUGUUCGAUUCAGUGUGAAGAGAGUUGCUGCAAGCUGUGUUUGGCUGGCAGGAAAGUUGGAGGAGAGUCCAAGGAGAUCAAAGCAUAUAAUCAUCGUCUUCCAUAGAAUGGAAUGUAGGAGAGAGAAUGUACCAAUAGAACACUUAGAUAUAUUUUCAAAGAAAUACUUGGACUUGAAGCAUGAUCUGGUAAGGACAGAACGACAUCUUUUGAAAGAGAUGGGGUUUGUUUGCCAUGUAGAGCACCCUCAUAAGUUCAUAUCUAACUACCUUGCAACACUUGAAGCCCCUGAACUGACACAAGUGGCAUGGAACCUUGCCAAUGACAGCUUGCGGACAACCCUGUGUGUUAGAUUCAAGAGUGAAGUAGUAGCAUGUGGAGUGGUGUAUGCUGCAGCAAGGAAACAUGGGGUUCCCCUCCCUGAAGACCCUCCUUGGUGGACUGUGUUUGAUGCUGAUGAGGCAGGAAUUCAAGAAGUUUGCAGAGUUCUUGCUCAUCUCUAUAGCCUCCCCAAGUCACAAUAUAUACCAGUGUAUAAAGACAAUGACUCCUUCACACUUAGAAGGACUUUUGAUACAAGUGCUUCAAAGGAAAGUCCAGCAACUGCUGUUGCAAGCGAUAGAGGUACCCCUGUACCCCCAAGUUCUAGCCAGGAAAAGGAUGCAAUAAUUAAGGCAGGGUCAGAUAAGGUGAAAGAAAAAGGUGAGGAUGAUGCAAAUACACUGCCUGCUGAACUCAAUGGUAAAGAAGACCCUGCAGUGAAUUCAAAGAGUGAGAAGUCAGAAUCCAACGUUGACCGCACCCGGGAAAGAGAAAGAGAUAGAUCAAGGGGCCGUGAUCGUGAUAGCAGGGGUCGGGAUUCUGAUCGUGAUAGCAAGGGCCGGGAGUCCGACCGUGAGAGGGAGCGUGAUAGAGAAGCAGACAGGGAUAGGCAGCGGAGGCACCGUUCUAAGGACAGAAGUUCAGGAUACUCUGACAAAGAGAAGUCAAGGCACCGCUCAUCAAGAGAUCGUGGCGAUCACUACAGUUCGCAUUCAUCUCGUGACAAAGAUCGACACAGACGCCCGUAAUCUGCCCGAGCUUGCAAACAGACAAACAUGGAGAAUGCUAAGUGUCUGGAUAGGCAUGAGAGGAAUCUGGAAAUCAUAUAUCAUCUGUCGUGUUACAGUGCAGACACGAAUUGCACUUUAAUCUUAUAUCUUCAUAAUUUCAAAACCAAAAUUUUGUAAUCCAACUUCUGAGGUUAUCCCAUUGUACGUAGGGUGCCAUCUACCAUUGGAGUAUAUUGCAAGUUUGCAACGGAGCCACUUGGGGGUGUUUGAUUACGGUGAACUGCCCUCUUUUUUUACUUGCCAUUUUGUGUUGAGCAUCAUAGACUCCGUUUGUAUGCAGUGUCCUGCAGCUUCUAGUCUAAGAGCAGAGUUUGUUAUAUUGGAGCUUAACUGAGAAAAUCAUAUCCAAGGGUGAGUAUGUGACUGUACAUCAAGAGGAAUUGAAAGCUCUGAGAAUGCUGUGCGGUAAGAUAUUUGCAUACCUACAACUGAUAAGUAUCGGGUUUAAAGCUGCAUGCAAACUGUCAAGACAUGUUGGUAAUAUUGUUCACAGUCCAAAAAUACUUGAACAUGAUUUGUAACUUUGUAUCAGGAGACAAAAAUACUUGAACAUGAUUUGUAAGUUUGUAUCAGGAGAGAACAUAUAAAAAUUGUUAGACCUAUAUCGGUAUAGGUAAAUCA